AUGGCAGCCACCUGCUGCUUUCACCGUGUUAUCGGUUCUCUUGCAGGGCUGUUGCUGUUGGCCUUUGGCAGUUUGGCCUCUAGUCAAGUCGAGGUGUGCACAUCCAGAUUCUGGUUUAAUUAUCGACAUGUUGCAAAUACACUUUCUGUUUACAGAAGUGUCAAGAGGCUAGGUAUUCCUGACAGUCACAUUGUCCUCAUGCUUGCAGAUGAUAUGGCAUGUAACCCUAGAAAUCCCAAGCCAGCCACAGUGUAUAGUCACAAGAACAUGGAAUUAAAUGUAUAUGGAGAUGAUGUAGAAGUGGAUUAUAGAAGCUAUGAGGUAACUGUAGAAAAUUUUUUGCGAGUAUUAACUGGGAGAAUCCCACCUAGUACUCCUCGGUCAAAACGUCUUCUCUCUGAUGAUAGAAGCAAUAUUCUUAUUUAUAUGACAGGACAUGGUGGAAAUGGUUUCUUGAAAUUUCAAGAUUCUGAAGAAAUUACUAACAUAGAACUUGCAGAUGCUUUUGAACAAAUGUGGCAGAAAAGACGCUACAACGAGCUACUGUUUAUUAUUGAUACUUGUCAAGGAGCAUCCAUGUAUGAGCGUUUUUAUUCUCCCAACAUCAUGGCUUUAGCUAGUAGCCAAGUGGGAGAAGAUUCACUCUCGCACCAGCCUGAUCCUGCAAUUGGAGUUCAUCUUAUGGAUAGAUACACAUUUUAUGUGUUAGAGUUUUUGGAAGAAAUUAAUCCAGCCAGCCAAACUAAUAUGAAUGACCUUUUUCAGGUAUGUCCCAAAAGUCUUUGUGUGUCUACUCCUGGACAUCGCACUGACCUUUUUCAGAGAGAUCCUAAAAACGUCCUGAUAACUGAUUUCUUUGGAAGUGUACGGAAAGUGGAAAUUACAACAGAGACUAUUAGUUUGCAGCGUGAUUCAGAAAUCAUGGAAAAGAGAUACAAGGAAUACCACAUGGAUGGAGAACUAACGGAACCUCUGAAAUAUGCUGAACAACUUCCUGUAGCUCAGAUAAUACACCAGAAACCGAAGCUGAAAGAAUGGCAUCCUCCUGGAGGUUUUAUUUUGGGAUUGUGGGCACUCAUUAUCAUGGUUUUCUUCAAAACAUACGGAAUCAAGCAUAUGAAGUUCAUUUUCUAG